AUGGAAAUAUGGUGGUGUGAUAUUACCAAAAUUCUCCAUUUGUUAUCUGUUUUUUUUUUGUCUCUCUCUAUCUCUCUCUAUCUAUCUCUCUCUAUCUAUCUCUCUCUAUCUAUCUCUCUCUAUCUAUCUCUAUCUAUCUCUCUCUAUCUCUCUAUCUCUCUAUAUCUCUCCACUCCAUCUCUCUCUAUCUAUCUCUCUCUAUCUCCAUCUCUCUCCAUCUAUCUCUCCCAUCUAUCUCUCCCAUCCAUCUCUCUCCCAUCUAUCUCUCUCUAUCUCAUCCAUCUCCCAUCUAUCUCUCCAUCCAUCUCUCUUCCAAUUAUCCAUCCAUCCAUCCAUCUAUCUCCCAUCCCCAUCCUCCAUCCCCCAUCUCCAUCUCCCCCAUCCAUCCAUCUCCCCCAUCCAUCCAUCCCCAUUAUCUAUCUCAUCCCUCUAAACCAUCUCAUCUCCCCAUCUCCCCCCAUCCAUCCAUCCCCUAUCUCUCCCCCCCCAUCUCCCCAUCCAUCCUCCCAUCCAUCUCUCCAUCCAUCUCAUCUCAUCCCCAUCCUCUCUCUAUCUAUCUCUAUCCAUCUCUUUCUAUAUCCAUCUCUCUCUCUCUCAUCUAUCUCUCUCUCUCCAAUAUAUCUAUCUAUAUAUCCAUCUAUAUCUCUCCUCUAUCUCUCUCUCCAUCCAUCUCUCUCUCUAUCUAUAUAUCCAUCCAUCCAUCUCUCUCUCUAUCUAUCUCCAUCUCCAUCCCCAUCUCUAUAUAUCCAUCCAUCUCUCUAUCCAUCUCUAUUCUCCAUCCUAUAUAUCUCUCCCCCAUAUAUAUAUCUAUCUAUCUAUCUAUAUAUCCAUAUAUAUCUCCAUCCAUAUAUCCAUAUCUCUAUCCAUCUCCCCAUCCAUCUCUCUCUAUCCAUCUCCCAUCCAUCUCCCUCCAUCUAUCCUCCCCAUCCAUCUUUCCAUCCAUCUAUCUCUAUCUAUCCAUCUCUCCCCAUCUAUCUUUCAGUCCAUCUGUCAUCCAUCUAUCUCUUGUCUAUUUAUCCAUCCAUCCCAUCCAUCAUCUCUUUAUCUAUCUCAUUUUCAUUCUGA